AUGAUGUUAGGUUUCCCAUGUUUAAUGUAUUAUUUUUGGAUUUGUCUAGAGUAUCAUCAAGGCCAUUUAAUUUAUCCAACUCAUCUCUCAGAAUUCAAGCCUUGGUUUAUUCAAGAGAUUUGGACAAAGAUUGUUCAAGAUGCUUAUCCUACGCGUUGGGCUAUUCAAACGUAUAUGGGUUAUGUUGUGUUUUCCUUCAUUCUUGCUUAUGUCAUGCCUGGUCCUAUUGUGGAAGGUUUACCUAUCCCUUCAUUGAACGGUAAAAGAUUGAAAUAUCUUUGUAAUGGCCUUUCAUCUUGGUAUUUUACCUUGGCCUUUUCUAUUGUUUGUCACGUCACAGGCAUAUUCAGAUUAAGUAAAAUCAUUGAUCAUUUUGGUGAAUUGAUGACAGUAGCUAUGCUUUGGGGAUUUACAAUGUCUACACUUGUCUAUGUUAUAAGUGCAUUUAUGGGUAAAACACAUCGUAUGUCAGGUAAUUUCGUUUAUGAUUACUUUAUGGGUGCUUGCUUGAAUCCAAGGAUUGGCCAUGUAGAUCUUAAGAUGUGGGCUGAAAUCAGACUUCCUUGGCCAGUUUUAUUUUAUUUAUCACUCUCUUGUUUAUUGAAGCAAUAUGAAACAUAUGGUACCGUUACCGCACCUGCUGUCUUUAUGGUAUUGGCACACUUUUUAUAUGCGAAUGCUUGUCAAAAGGGAGAAGAAUGUAUUCCCACUUCUUGGGAUAUAUUUUAUGAGUGUGAUGGUUUUAUGCUUAUUUUCUGGAAUAUGGCAGGUGUCCCAUUUACUUAUUGCUAUUCCUCUAUUUAUUUAAUGAAAUAUCAAUUAACUACGGGCAAAGCCAUUACACAUAAUUGGCCAUACACCAUUGCUAUCUUUACAUUACUUUUAGUGGGUUAUUAUAUCUUUGAUACUGGUAAUUCACAAAAGAAUCGUUUCCGUAUGGAACAAAAUGGUUCAUUUAUCACUCGUAAUGCCUUCCCUCAAUUACCUUGGGGUCAUAUCAAGAAUCCUACAUUUAUUGAAACAAAGCAUGGUAAUUUAUUACUCACCUCUGGAUGGUGGGGUAUCGCUAGAAAGCCUCAUUACACUGCUGAUUUAAUGAUGUCUAUCUCUUGGGGUCUCAUCACUGGAUUCUCUUCUUUCUUGCCAUACUUUUAUUUCUGCUUCUUCUUUUGUGUUUUAGUUCAUCGUGUAUCUAGAGAUAUGGAACGUUGUGCUCAAAAAUACGGUGCUGAUUGGGAAGAAUAUUGCCGUCGUGUUCCAUAUAUUUUUAUCCCUUAUGUUUAUUAA